CCAACUGAGGAUUCGGGGUACAUAAGCAGCCAGCAGCUCCUGGGGAGCAGAAGACAAGUCCUGUCGUGACAGAUCCUGAAGCCUUAGAGUUGAGUGUUAACUGUCCUCUCUCAUAUGAAUGUGAAUCAGGGUGACCAGCAUGAUUUGGAAAGGCAUCCUGGUGGAGAGGCCAGCCCGGUGCCAGUAAUCCCUGGAGAGGAGCCUGGAGACCAGCCAGAGAUAGUCGAGUACCAGGAAGAAUUCAACUUCCCUGAUGGUCGCAGGACCUUUCCAAGGUGGGGAAGGCGUGGGUGUAUCUUAUUCACGACCAUUGGGCUGAUGGCUGGGAUAGGCGUUGGGAUCUGGCUUCUAGUCCUGCUUUUCAGGACAAAUGCCUUGUUGAAGACCCUGCAGCAAAAGAAUGUCAUGAGUUGUACAGAGAGUCCCCUCACCCCAACAGUCUCUAAGUCAGUAUCUUUCAGAAUAAACUCCAGAAACUUCUUACCGGAAGUGCAGGUAAGGGCAUGGCCAGGCUGGCUUCUGGUAUGCCAUGAGGGCUGGAGUCCUGCCUUAGGGACCUGGAUUUGUGGAUACCUCGGACAUCUCAGACUCAGUCACCACAAAGGAGUGAACCUGACUGAUAUCAAGGUCAACAGUUCUCAGGAGUUUCUCCAGUUUCUUCCUGGAUCAGGGGGUCGCUUGGAGGACAUGUGGCAGCACAGGAACAGUUGUGCCUUAGGCCGGGUUGUCUUCCUCAAAUGCUCAGAGUGUGGGGUCCAGCACCUGACUUCCUGGAUUAUCGGUGGGACCUCCGCUGUCCUUGAGCGAUGGCCCUGGCAGGUCAGCAUAUUCAAGGGCCCCCAGUACUCAUGUGGAGGCUCUCUGCUGACUCCAAGUUGGGUGGUGACUGCAGCCCACUGUGUCUACAGUCUGUUCCACGUAUCCAUUUUGAGGAUCUUUGUGGGCAUUGUCAACCGUGACGACAUCAUGCCACACACAGGGGCCGUGGUGGACAAGAUCAUCCUGCAUCCCCUCUUUAGAAUCCACAAGCGGAGACACGACUAUGACAUUGCUCUGCUGAAGCUCCAGACGCCACUGAACUUCUCCAGGCUCGAAAUGCUGGGUAUCAGGCUGGGGCUCCACAACCUCUAUCUAGGGUAUGGCUCAGACACCCUCCAGAACGCCUUGGUGCCCCUGAUCAGCCCCCAGCUCUGCAAUAGCUCUUGCAUGUACAAAGGCAAGAUCACCCCCCAGAUGCUCUGUGCUGGCUACCUGGAUGGGCACACUGAUGCAUGUCAGGGAGACAGUGGAGGUUCUCUGGUGUGUCUGGACCGAGGGAUAUGGCGCUUGGUGGGUGUGGUGAGCUGGGGCUGGAAUUGUGCAAAACCCCACAGACCAGGUGUCUAUACCAAGGUGGCUGUGUUCUUGGACUGGAUUCACCAUCAAAUUGGGGGUGUGGGGCUCUCCACAGGUAAAGGAACAACAGCAGUGGAUGAAGAAGGUGGCUGUCUUUUGGCACCCCUGGCUUGACAGUGACUGUUAAGUUAGAUGAAGCCCACAGUGGACAAGGCAACCCACAGUUGUACCUUCUGAAUGAAAGAAACAUCCCUAAUGGAACUUCUCCAAUCCUGGAUUCAGGGUUUCUAGAAGAGUACUU